GUAAAAGGAGAAAAAGUAGAGGCGGUAAUGUUUCGAAUAUUGGCGAAGUCGAAUUCCGUAACUAAUCGAAUAAUCGAACGACUGCGAGCAUCGCCAUAUCGUUUGGUUCAGGUCGAUGUCGCCUAUGACUUCCUCUGUUUGCCGCUGGCUCCAUUGAUUUUGAGCCAUGGGUCGUGUCAUUCGCGCUCAGCGUAAGGGAGCUGGAUCUGUGUUCCGCUCCCACACCAAAAGGAGAAAGGGAGCUCCAAAACUUCGUUCCCUCGAUUAUUCUGAACGUCAUGGAUACAUUAAGGGUGUUGUCAAGGAUAUCAUCCAUGACCCCGGCCGUGGUGCCCCGCUAGCCGUAGUACACUUCCGUGAUCCUUACAAGUUCAAGACUCGCAAGGAACUGUUCAUUGCUCCCGAGGGCAUGUACACCGGCCAGUUUUUGUACUGUGGAAAGAAAGCUAAUCUUCAGAUUGGCAACGUUAUGCCCGUGGGUACAAUGCCUGAAGGUACGAUUGUUUGCAAUUUGGAAGAGAAGACUGGUGACCGAGGCCGGCUAGCUCGUGCUUCUGGCAACUACGCUACCGUCAUUGCCCACAACCCCGACACUAAGAAGACUAGAGUAAAGCUGCCUUCUGGUGCAAAAAAAGUUAUGCCCUCUAACAACAGAGCCAUGGUCGGCAUUGUUGCCGGUGGUGGUCGUAUUGACAAACCCAUCCUUAAGGCUGGACGUGCGUAUCACAAGUACAAGGCCAAGAGGAACUGCUGGCCUAAGGUUCGUGGUGUGUCUAUGAACCCCGUUGAACAUCCCCACGGUGGUGGUAAUCACCAGCAUAUUGGUAAGGCUUCGACUGUCAAGCGAGGAACCAGCGCUGGACGCAAGGUCGGUCUGAUUGCUGCUCGUCGUACCGGUAGAAUCAGAGGAGGAAAGACCGACACCAAGAAGGAGGAUUAGACUAAACGCUGCUCGUCAUUCAGGUGUAAAUUAUACAAUAAAUGAAAAUAAAAUGAAAAUCAUCAAAA